CAUGAAGCCUGUUGUUGGGGCGAUGCAAGCUUGGUCUUGCGUCGUCAUCUCCUUCUUUGCCAUUAUCAUCCUCUCCGUCAUCGGUAGUCUCUAUCGUAGCAGGCAUCACGAGUUUGUAGGCGGCGUGGACGACCCCGACAACACCAUCGAAGUCUCAAACACGAUAUUCACGGCUGUUAUUGUAUAUGCGGCUUUUAUAGUGUGUUGCGGCUUACAGGGUGUCCUGCAUAUGCGCGAGAGUCGACGUGGCGCCAUCGCGCUCUGAUAGAUUUGGCCAUCAAGCCAGCCGGAUCGAACGAAUGAAUAGGGAGAUGGCGACUGUGUUUGCAUAAUUUCGAACAUCGGUGUCCCGGCAUAUUGCAAUCGGACAAUCAAACAUCAUGAACAUGUCCGAACGGUUCUUCAAUUGACGUACCACCUGAUAUCAGACUGUAUAAACUAUAGGAGGCUGAACGGCUUCCCCAUGAACGACAGCCACUCAGCCGUCGUCCGGAGCCCCGGACCUCCGGACCUAUAUGGGCUCCGAUACGCUGUGGAUUGGUUGCUAGAAAAAAAAGGGUUAAAAACAAUUGUAAGAAACGAAAAGAAAUUUUACAUCUGGUUUUGUUGGAAGGUACGGUGGGAGUGGCUAUAUUACCCCUCACAGUGGAUUCCUUCAGUGACUAGAACUUCAACUCUACAACAUCAAUAAUAACCCCUUGGCAAUCCCUUCGUCUAUCAAUUUAGAUAAUUGCAAAAAGGCAAAUGUGGUCGGUAUGAGGGUCGAACUCAUGACCUUCGCAUUACUCAAUACAGUGGGAUUCUGCUGUAUUAGUACCUGUAGCAGGUUAGAAGAUAUUUUUUUCUGACAGUGGAUAGGUAAGA